CUGGUUGUUCCUCCAAGCCGCCCAAUCUUUCUUCCCUUAAUGCUCAACUUUUAUUCCUGAUCGGGUCCUCUCUUCUGGUUCUCCAAUCUCCCUUUUAUCCCUCCCUACCAUUUCCAAGCAACCUACCCAAACGCGUCCUACAAUCGCCCAAUCUCACUUGCGCGGUCAGUUAGGCGCGCCGCUGCCCUCACGCCGCAUUCCCCGCCGACCAAGACCCUCAAUCCUCAAUCGCAACGAGUUUUUUUUAGUUGCUUUUUACUGGCCGGGCGUGAUAGGAAAUAAGUCACGAGUAAUAACCUUUUAGAGUCCCCCAAAUGGAACCGGCACAAGCAGGCGCCGCCGGAGGCGCUGGUGCUCAAUCCGCUGCCUCACGUCAACGACAUCACCACCAUCAGCCACAGGAUACCCAGGGCCAAGGUGGACAGCAGGGCGGUCAGCAGCAACAACAACCCGUGUAUGAUAUUCGAAAUGGUGGACACUACGGAUUAAAGGCGCCAGUGCAGCGGUACGGACCUCAUAAGUUUGAUUUUAUGGCGAUGGUCGUCGCGCUAAUAGAUCUACAGCUCUCAGCACAAGGCUAUGCACCGGUACCAGAGCUAUACACAGGCACAUGGGCAAAUGUCAAUCAAGGGCUAACAGGCCAAGCACGCGAUGUUCUAACCACUUACUGGCAACACAUGAUCAACCAUCUCGAAUCCGACAACCACGACUACAAAAUCCACCAAUUGCCUCUUGCCAGAAUCAAGAAAGUUAUGAAAGCCGACCCCGAAGUUAAGAUGAUUUCCGCAGAAGCACCCAUCCUCUUUGCCAAAGGGUGCGAUAUCUUCAUCACCGAGUUGACCAUGCGCGCCUGGAUCCAUGCAGAGGAUAACAAGCGGCGUACUCUACAACGGUCGGAUAUUGCUGCAGCUCUGGCCAAGUCGGAUAUGUUCGACUUCUUAAUUGACAUUGUGCCCCGGGAAGAGGCAACAUCUCAUACGAAACGAUCUGCACCCAGUGCGCCGCCACAGCAUGCAAACGCUGGACAGAUGCCACCUCAACAACCUGGUGUGCAGCAGCCACACCAUAUGGGCCCCCCGGAUUAUGGAUCACUAGGCCAACCGCCUAUGGGUCAAGAGCAAGAUUAUAGGCAGCAACCGGCCAUGUAUGGCGGAGCCGUCCAAUCCGACCCUGCAUACGGCCAACCCCAGCCUCAGAUGUUCGAGGGGAUGUACGGAUAUUCGCAUUUGCCCACCCAGCAGUGACGAUAAAACUCGUUGGUGUUUGUGGGAGAAAAGGAGAUAUCAAGAGCGAGAAUAGGAAUAUGGAGUUUGGUCAAAUAAUUUUUUGGAGAUCGUUCACGAUUCUAAAUCGGGCAUAUGAUUGUAUUCCGCCC